AAAAAAUCACUCUAGAGGAUCCUUGCUCAGUUUAGAGACUUGAGCUGAGAGUGUUUUGUUGUAUACAAAGAGUAACAAAUAUGGAAAAUGGUAAACACCCUUCGCCUCUCCAACUCCGACUCCAACAACAACAACUACCCCAACCACCACCACUACCACCGCAUCAAACGCCGCUGUGGAAGGUGGUGGUGGUGGCCUCAAUAGGCGCCGGGGUUCAGUUCGGUUGGGCUUUACAAUUCUCUCUCCUCACACCAUACGUCCAGCUUCUAGGCAUCCCACACAAAUGGGCAUCCUACAUAUGGCUCUGCGGCCCCAUCUCCGGCCUUGUGGUGCAACCUCUCGCCGGCUUCUACAGCGACCGCUGCACCUCCAAAUUCGGCCGCCGCCGCCCCUUCAUCGCAGCCGCCACCGCCCUCGUCGCGGUCUCCGUCAUCCUCAUCGGCUUCGCCGCCGACCUCGGCCACCUCUCCGGCGACAGCCUUGAUGCCGGCGCCGCCAAGCCCCGCGCCAUCACCAUCUUCGUAGUCGGAUUCUGGAUCCUGGACGUUGGCAACAACCUCCUCAUGGACCCCUGCCGCGCCUUCCUCGCCGACCUCUCCGACGGCAACCAGCGCAAAACUCGAAAAGCCGGCUCCUUCUUCGCCUUCUUCACCGCCGUCGGCCAGGUCCUCGGUUACGCCGCCGGAUCGUACUCAAAGCUCCACCGCCUCCUCCCCUUCACCUCAACACAGGCCUGUAAUGUUUACUGUGCGAAUCUCAAAACCUGUUUCUUAAUCUCAAUCACUCUAUUACUCAUUCUAACCAUAAUCGCACUCAGCACUGUGAGUGAAGAUCCAAUCUCGAGGUUCUCGGAGGAGAAGAAGGAUAAAGCGGUGCCGUUUUGGGGAGAAUUAUUGAGUGCGUUGAAGGAGUUUCCGAGGUCCAUGUGGUUUCUAUUGCUGGCGAUGAGCCUGAACUCGACUGCAUGGUUUGGGUUCAAGAUGUAUGACACUGAUUGGGUGGGGAGGGAGGUGUAUGGUGGGGUGGUAGGGGGGAAGUUGUACAGUAGUGGAGUGAGCGCAGGGUCGUUGGGGCUGAUGCUGAUGGCGGCAGUGGCGGGGGUGACGGCGCUGGCGGUGAUGCUGGUGGUGCGCGGAGUCAAGGGCGGGAACAGGGUGUGGGGUUGUGCUAACCUUUUGUUGGCGGUUUGCUUGGCGAUGACGGUGUGUAUCACUAAAGUUGCAGAGACGACUCGGCAGCACACGGUGGCGAGUGGUGGUGCGACUGCCCCCGCAGCUGGUCUCAAGGCGGCAACUCUCUCUCUCUUCGCGGUUAUGGGGAUUGCUCAAGCGAUAACUUACAUCAUUCCUAUUUCAUUGGCAUCCAUUUUUUGUAGCAGCUUUGGUGGAGGACAAGGUCUUUCUCUGGGAGUUUUGAAUAUUGCUGGGGUCAUACCACAGUUGGUGGUUUCACUUACAAGCGGACCAUGGGAUCAGCUCUUCGGCGGCGGUAACUUGCCAGCAUUUGUGGUCGGAGCUAUCGCAGCGGCGGCGAACGGUGUGUUCCUGCUUGCCUUGUUCCCAUCGCCACUGCGAACUGAUCACGAUUCAUCAUCAUCCUCUGUUUUAAAGAUAACUAUUUCUGCACCUUCUCAUUGAAAUAUUUUUCGAUUAAUUUUGAGUUUGAAAAAUGACUUACAAAUGGAAUUUUAAUAUAUAUAUAUAUAUAUAUAGUAUAGGGUCAUAUUAAUCUGCAUAAAAUUUUAGUAGUUAAAUUCUGUUUACAAUUUAAACUCGUGCUUGUGUAAUUUGCUCCUCAU